AUGAACAUCUGUAUGCUAAGAAGAAAGCUGACCAUUGUCUUCCUCUGCAUGUUUGGAACACUCUCUUCACUCUUCCUCCGGGAGCAGUGGAUAAGUAGUGUGGCUCGGGGUAGGACCCCAAAGCAUGAGAACAUCACUAUCCUGUUGUGGCACUGGCCCUUCGGCCGGUCCUACAGCCUGUCUGGAGAUGUGUGCUGGGACACGUACAAAAUCCCUGGUUGUCUCCUCACCGACAAACACACUGAUUUCCCCCGAGCUGAUGUUGUGGUCUUCCACCACCACGAGCUGAAGCUUGGCCGCUACAGGCUGCCGCUGCACCUUCCCCGCCCGCCCACCCAGAAGUGGCUCUGGCUAUCGCUGGAGUCUCCGGCCACCAAUCACCACCUGGCUGCUUACAACGGCCUAUUCAACUGGACCAUGACGUACCGCCGGGACGCAGAUGUUUUCAUGCCAUAUGGAGAACUGCUGCUAAAGACUACCAGCACAGACAUCAACAUUCAUGGAAAUAAAUCCUCCCUGGCUUGCUGGGUGGUCAGCAACUACAGGCCUGAACACAAGAGGAGCAAUGUGUACCAGAACCUUAGGCAUCUGAUCAACAUUGACGUUUAUGGGCAGUGGGUUCGGAGACAUCUAUCUGCCCAGGACCUUAUUCCCACCAUCUCACAUUGUUUCUUUUACCUGGCCUUCGAGAACUCACUCUACACCGACUACAUAACAGAGAAGCUGUGGCGGAAUUCAUUCCAGGCGGGAACCGUGCCCAUUGUUCUGGGCCCGCCCCGAUCCAACUAUGAGGCCCUGGUUCCAGCCAGCUCUUUCAUCCAUGUGGAAGACUUCAGUUCCUUUGAAGAGCUGGCUCAUUUCCUUGAGCAGCUGGCAUCAGACAGGAAGCGGUACUUGUCUUAUUUUGAGUGGCGCCGACAAUACGACGUCAAAAUUUACACUGACUGGAGAGAGAGGCUCUGCAACAUUUGCAGGCACUACCACCACCUGCCCCCCAAGGUGUACCACAACCUGGACACCUGGGCAAACUGGGUGGAUCAGAAGACAGGAAGAACAACCCAGGGGUAA